AUGUUCGGAAGCGACAGCGACGACGAUGAAAUCACCGGGCAGUUCGCCCUCCACGACGCCGCGGAGGCUGGCAACGCGGAGCUCAUCGCGAAGAUGCUCGGCAAGGAGAAGAAGGACGGCGAGUUCAACCCGGAGGAGGAGGAAGACGACGACGACGACGACGUGGAUGUGAACGAGACCGACCGCGACGGGUGCACCCCCCUGCACGUCGCGCUCUUCAACAGCGCGACGGAGUGCGUCAAGCUGCUCCUCGAGAACGGCGCGGAGUCGUGGAUCACCGUCGAGGGAUCUCCCGCGCUUCACGUCGCGUACCCGACGACGGAGCAGCUCAACACCGGGGACGAGGACCAGCCGGACCCGAUCAACGCGAGGGAUAAGCUCGGGUGGACGCCGCUUCACCACGCGUGCUACGGCGGCCACGCGGAUAUCGUGAACAAGCUCCUCGCGCGCGGGUCCAAGCCCGGGAAAGUCACGAAAGCCGGGCUCACGUCCUUGCACGCCGCGGUCGUCGGGCGGAACGUCGCCGCGGUCACCGCGGUCAUGAACGCGGAGCCGUCGAUCUUAAACAACGCGUGCAACGACGAAAAAACCGCGGUCGAGAUGGCGGACGCGCGCGGGUACCCUCUCAUCGCCGCGGUGCUCCGAGGCGAGGACACGAGCGCGGUCGAGACGCCGCCGCCGCCGCCGCCGCCGGUGAUCAUCGCCCCAGACGAGUGCUUCAUGCACCACUCGUGCCCGCCGAUCACUCGCGAUGGACGCGAUCCGCCCCCGGAGAACGUGAACCGGCUUCAAGUGCUCCUGAACAAGAAGACUGGGAUCCUCCGCGCGGCUGAGUUCUCGAACGUGGACAUCGUCUCGGAGGUUCGCCCGGCGACGAUGGCGGACGUCUUGCGCGUGCACGAGUACCCGUACGUGCGGAAGAUCCAGAAGAUCUGCGAGAGAAUCCCCGACUGGAACUCUAACCCGAACGGCGCGUUGGGGACGAUCGACGGAGACACGGAGGUGUGCCACUCCUCGUUCAGCGCCGCGUUGUGCGCCGCGGGGGCCGUCGUGGAAGCCGUCGACAGGGUAGUCGCCGGGUCCGCGGAGAAGGUCUUUUGCGCCGUUCGUCCGCCCGGGCACCACGCGGGCCCGAACGGACCAGUCCCCGCGCCCGGGGAUCCGAUCGGCAGCGGAUCGCACGGGUUCUGCCUUUUAAACAACGUCGCCCUCGGCGCGGCGUACGCGCGGUGCGUCCACCGUCACUCGCUCCGACGCGUCGCGAUAAUCGACUUUGACGUGCACCACGGGAACGGCACGGAGGCGGUGGUCCAAAAUACGACCCCGGCGGCUCCGAAGUUCAACUUCUCGACGCCGUACUGCGAGGGCGCGAUCACGGUGCCGACGUAUCGCCCGUGGCUGGACGAGACCGACCACGAGGAAGUGUUUUUCGCGUCAGUGCACGGGUACGGGCGCGCGCGCGGGUUCAACUUCUACCCUGGCUCGGGCCCCACGGACGAUACCCGACACGUCGGGGACUACCUCACGACGGAGGAGGCCGCGCAGUGGAACGAGGAAGGCGUCGUCGAUGACCCUUAUCACGUCGCGACCGCGAAGUCGGAUAGCACCGCGCAAGGUCCUACGCCUUGGGUCGUGGACGUCGGCAUGGAGGGCACGGGGAAGAAAGCGGAGCGCGGCGCGGCGUGGAGACGGGUGUGGAGAGGAAAGACCCUCCCCGCGAUCGCGGCGUUCAAGCCGGACCUCGUCUUGAUCUCCGCCGGGUUUGAUGCGCACGCGAAGGACGACAUACAAGGUCCGGUGAACCUGGGCGUGAAGGAGGCGGAUUACGAGUGGCUCACCGAGGAACUGUGUAAGAUCGCGAACACGUGCUGUCAAGGAAGGGUCAUCUCCGUGUUGGAAGGCGGGUACAGGAUCCAAGGGGGCGUCGUCUCCGCGUUUGGACGAAGCGUCGCGUCGCACCUCCGCGCGAUGUUCCGCGAGAACCGCGAAGGGUGGAGCGCGGAGCAGUGCCAGAAGGAGCUUGACAUCGAGCUCAAGCAGCGAAGGCUCGCGAAGGAAGCGGAUGAAGCGAAACGAGCGGCGGCGAUGGAGGCGGCGAGGCAGCGCGAGGAGGCUGCCAUCGCCGCCGCGCAGGCGGCGAUGGAGGCGGCGGGGGGCGACGGCGACGAGGCCGAAGCCGCCGCCGCCGCCGCGGCGGCUGCGGUCCUGGGCGAUGAAGCGCCGACGAAGCGAAGGAGAAAAGCGGUCGACUACACGCAGCUGAACGCGGAGCUGGAGAAGGAGUCGAACCCCGCCGCUGCGGAAGCGGAGGAACCCGCGGCGGAAGCGGAGGAACCCGCGGCGGAGGCCGUGGAAGAAGAGGGCGAGGAAGACGUCGAAGAAAACGGCGAAGAAUUGGAAAUGGAAGACGAAGAUGGCGGCGAGGAGCUCGAGGAAGACUUGGAGAUGGAGGAAUGA